CCCCAGCAUUGAGAGGCUGUUGUCCAAGGACUGGAAGGAUAAACUUUUGGCCAUGGGCUCAGGGCACAUUGGAGAAAUUAAAGGUACCCCGGACAGCCUGGCGGAGAAAGAGCGCCAGCUCAUGGGCAUGAUUGGUCAGCUGAGCAGCCUGAGGGAGCAGCUCCUGGCGGCCCAUGAAGAGCAGAAGAAGCUGGCCGCCUCGCAGAUGGAGAAGCAGAGGCAACAGAUGGAGCUUGCCAAGCAGCAACAGGACCAGAUUGCCCGGCAACAGCAGCAGCUUCUACAGCAGCAACACAAAAUCAACCUCCUGCAGCAACAAAUCCAGCCAUCAGCAUUUGGGACCUGA